UUUAUAUGUUAUACAAAUUCGUACUUUCUAUCGACGUCUAUCGCAAUCUUGUCACACAAUAACGUAUUUUCUAAUAUUAACAAUGAAAGAUACAAACAAACGAGUUUUAUAUACAUUUUUAUGAAUUAUUGUGUUUUGUAUAUUUUUGCUUAACAAUAAUUUUGUUGCUUCAUUCCCUCAAAAACUACUCAUAUCGAGAGAAAACAUUCCAAAUGUUCCCUAACCUCAAUUUUUAAGCGUCAUUAUAAUGUUCUUGUUUUUACACUUUAUUAUAUUUACAAUUACUAGUUUAAGUGUAUUUAUGUUCUCUAACUACCUCAAUGUUAUAUAUAUUUUUGAUAUUUAUAAACAGUGGUUCUUUAAUGACAUUCAUGACUUUCAAUUGUAUGAUUUUAUCAUUGUUGGAGCUGGUACUGCAGGUGCAAUUUUAACUAAAAGAUUAGCAGAACAUGGAUAUACAAUAUUAUUACUUGAAGCUGGAGGAGUUGCACCACCUUUCUUAGAUAUUCCAUUGUUAGCUCCUCUCAUUCAAAACACUCCAUAUGAUUGGCAAUACAUCACUGUACCACAACAGAAUGCUUGCAAGGGUUUAAAGAACAAUCAAAGCAAAUGGCCAAUGGGUAAAAUCCUUGGUGGAACUAGUAGAUUAAAUUAUAUGCUCUAUGUACGAGGACAUCCUUUAGAUUAUAAGGAUUGGUUUCCAGAUUUUAUUGAACCUAUUAAAGGAAAUGGUGGCCCAAUGCAUAUAACUGAUUUAGGAUGGAACACUGGUCUUGCCGACAUAAUUUUAAAAGGAUUGCAAGAAUUACAUCAAGACAUUGGCAACAUCAAUGAUAAUUUAAAAACUGGUUUCAUGAAAACACAAUUAUCUAUGGAAAAUGGAAAACGGUGGAGUACAGACAAAUUAUUGUACAAAUAUCUAAAAACUAAAUUGUCCAUUAUUACUCAUGCUCAUGUGGAAAAAGUAUUAAUGCAAUCAAACAGAGCAAUAGGAGUGCAGUUUAUUGCAUUAAAUAAAACAUUUAAAGCAAUUUCAAAAAAAGGUGUUAUUCUGUGUGCUGGUGCGAUUGGUACUCCAAAAUUAUUAAUGUUGUCUGGUAUUGGACCAAAAAAACACUUGGAGAAUUUAAAAAUAAAUGUCAUUAAUGAUUUACCAGUUGGUCAACAUUUAGUUGAUCAUGUGCUUACUGGAAUUGAUCUAAUUAUGCUUAAUACAAGCAUAGGUCUUAGUAUGGCUAGUACUUUAAAUCCGAUGUCAGCAUUAAAUUACUUUUUUUUUGGAAAAGGACCUUGGACAUUUUCAGGAGUUGAAGUUUUGGGAACAUUUCAUAGUUCUACUCAAAAAAAUAAAUCAGAUAUACCAGAUUUACAAAUAAUGGUAAUGCCACUUGGGCUAUCAAGAGAUAAUGGUGUUGUUUUAAAAGAAGCUAUGGGAAUUUCCGAAAAAGUAUAUAAAGAAUACUUUGCUCCUAAUUCAUAUAAAAACACAAUAACAAUUGCUCCAGUGUUAUUACAUCCAAAAAGCAAAGGAGAAAUCAAAUUGAGUAGUAAUAACUCUCUUGACCCACCUUUAAUUGAUCCAAAAUAUUUGUCAAAUAAAGAUGAUAUUGCAACUCUUAUAGAUGGGUUACAAUUUGUAAAAAAACUUAUUGAAACCAAUGCAAUGAAAAGUGUUGGUGCAACUAUUUAUAAAAAACAUUACCCUGGUUGUGAAAAUGAAAUAUUUGAUAGCACAAAAUAUUGGGAAUGUUACAUACAACAUUUAACUUUAACUUCAUAUCAUCCUGCCGGUACAUGUCGAAUAGGUGAUGUUGUUGAUGAAAUGUUUAAGGUUUACGGUACAAAAAAUUUAUAUGUAGUUGAUGCAUCUGUAUUUCCGGUUUUACCAAGUGGUAAUAUUAAUGCUGCAGUUACAAUGAUUGCCGAAAAAGCUGCACGUAUAAUUAAACAUAAUACAAAAGUUUACAUGAGUCAUACAGAAUGUCAUAAAUUAUAUAAUUAUUACUAUAUACCUAAUGAUUAAUAUAUGAGAAAUAUAAUUCUUUUAUUGAAUACUAAUUUUAAUCUAAUUUAAGUAAAUAAAGCUAAAUCAUAAGAAGUA